AAUUAAAAUCUAUGGAAUGCAUUAUAUAAUGCAUUCGUGAAGGUAAUCGAAUAUCACCGUUCCAUAAACGAAGAUGAAGAAUUCAAGCAAACAUGGGAAGAUUUCUAAGAAGUUUUGCAGAGCCAAAAGAACAAGCUGCGGAAAGAUUGCAACAAUGUAAACGAGGUCAGAAAGGAGAGGCAACAAAACUGCGGUGAAGUAGUCACAUCACAUUGUUGAAGUUUAAAGACACAGCUCUUCUUUCUGUUAAUAGAAGACAAUCAAGUUGGGUUUGCUUGGAUGUCUGUUAGGAAAUAUCUGCUGUGUCGAAACAAAACGUAUCAAUACGUUCACACAAAAAGCACUAUCUAGGUGCUUCAAUAGUAUUAAUGUCAUUAUAAAACUAGGUGAGGAUUAGAUCUGGGACGGAGAGUAAGUGGAAAUUGCACUCUAGCUCCCCAGGACACAAUCUGAAACGCGACUGCAAGCCAGUUAUUCUCUUUUCCAGUCUCCUCUGGGCUGAGCACAUUGCAGCAGCUUCCUCCUCCCUAAGGAGGGCGGCAACAUCCUCGCAGUUCGCCAAGGGGAAAAAUGUGUAACAGUAUGCGUCUCAGCCAAGGAGGGCGGGGAGGGAAGGAGGGAGGGAGCUUCGCCUUUGGUCCUUUCUGGCUGCCUCCGCUUGCCGUAGCUGCCUCGGCCCGCCUGGGUUUCAAUACGCUACGCGUUGCAGUUUGACGAGGUUGAGUCCUGUCCGCCGCCAGCUGUUUUUUUUUUUUUAAAGCCAUGGCUGCCGCCGCUGCUUCUUCCUUUUCCUAUUUCCCUUCGCCCCUUCCCCCAGCCUGGUCCGACUCUCUGUACUGCCUGAGCCCGGAGCACGUGCAGGAGCGGUUGCAAGACGACGCGGUGGAGACGGUCACCUCCGUGGAACAGGCAAAAGUAGAAGAUAAGAUAGAAGAGGUCUUUAAUGCUUACAAGAUCAACCAUCAUGUGCCAAGACUUAUUCUGCAUCGAGAGAAGCACUUCCAUUAUCUAAAAAGAGGUCUUCGACAGCUGACAGAUGCCUAUGAGUGUCUGGACGCUAGCCGCCCCUGGCUCUGCUACUGGAUCCUGCACAGCUUGGAGCUGCUCGAUGAGCCCCUUCCUGAGUCGGUGGCUUCAGAUGUGUGUCAGUUUCUGGAGCGAUGUCAAAGCCCGACAGGUGGCUUUGGAGGGGGGCCUGGUCAGCACCCACACCUCGCACCCACAUACGCAGCGAUCAGUGCAUUGUGUAUCAUUGGCACUGAAGAAGCCUUUGAUGUCAUCAACAGAGAGAAACUCCUAGAAUACCUCUAUUCCCUGAAGCAGCCUGAUGGUUCUUUUAUCAUGCACGUUGGAGGUGAGGUGGAUGUCAGAAGUGCUUACUGUGCUGCCUCAGUUGCCUCCCUAACUAAUAUCAUCACACCUAAACUCUUUGAAGGCACUGCAGAAUGGAUAGCAAGGUGUCAGAACUGGGAAGGUGGAAUUGGUGGUGUGCCGGGCAUGGAAGCCCAUGGUGGCUAUACUUUUUGUGGACUGGCAGCACUGGUCAUCCUCAAGAAGGAGAAAUCAUUAAACCUGAAGUGCUUGUUACAAUGGGCGACAAGCCGGCAGAUGAGGUUUGAAGGUGGAUUUCAAGGCCGAUGCAACAAGUUGGUAGAUGGCUGUUAUUCUUUCUGGCAGGCAGGGUUACUGCCACUGCUCCACCGAGCACUACAUGCUCAAGGCGAUCCUGCCCUUAGUAUGAGUCACUGGAUGUUUCACCAGCAGGCCUUGCAGGAAUAUAUUCUCCUAUGCUGCCAGUGCCCUGCAGGGGGGCUUCUGGAUAAGCCUGGCAAGUCAAGGGACUUCUAUCACACCUGCUAUUGCCUGAGUGGCUUAUCCAUAGCACAGCACUUUGGCAGUGGAGAGAUUCUAUGUGAUGUGGUCUUGGGAGUGCCAGAAAAUCGCUUGCAGCCUACUCACCCUGUGUACAACAUUGCACCAGACAAGGUGGUCCAGGCCGUCAUGUAUUUCCUGCAGAAGCCCAUCCCGUGUGUGGAGGAGGAGGCAGCAGCAACUUCUGCUGCCACUGACUAAAAGGCCCUGUGUCUCUUCCAACCGCCACUUGGAUAUCCGCUUUCCCAGUGCACGGCAUAUCCAUGGUGUACACAGUGCUGUACAAAGCCUCAGCUACCAUGGAGCUGUAUUUUCCCCCUUUCUUAAAUACACAGAUGGGUGUGUGUGUGUGUGUGUGUGUGUGCGUGUGUACAUUCAUGCAUAUGUACACACACACACACAUACACACACGCGCUGUGCACGUGCACGAGUGCGGUCCCAGGUUUGGAGAACACUGUGUUUUGUCAUUGUUCUUUUUAUGCCUGGGAGGCCAGCCAGACCAAAAACUGAUCGGCCCAUGUGAAAUCACUAAUCAGCUUUGGCCUAGUUAUGGUGUGCUUGGGGAGCGCUGCAUGCCGAGAAGGAAGUGGCCACCUUCCUGUUAGCUUUCCAAGCCGGACAAUUGUAUUUAAACUAAUAAUGUAUAUGAGUAUUUUAGCAUCAAUUGCUGCUGUUUCUGCUUGCACUCCACUGUAAAUUUGCGAGGAGACGUGCCCUUCCAGGAGUAGCAAAUAAGCCCAUCUGAAGCCAUGCGAUCACUAAAGGUCCUUUUAAGGUCCCAAAGGACCUUGAUAGGGAUCCAAUCAAUAUCUAAGCCCCAGUGCAUUUCUGUAAUUGCUCCCACCUGCUGCCCUACAUCUCAAGGGAAGGUAGAUGUGGUGGGAAGUUCUAUGUAGUUUUCCCUGUGGCUAGUAGAGACUGAAUCCUUCUUUUCUAGCAUUGGAGACUGGAGGAUUUCAGUUCCUCUCAGAGGCCACAGUUGCACUGAUAGGACUUUAUUCAUCCUUGGGUGCUAUAUACUAGACCUGGGAGACCAGUGAAGUGUGGGAAAUGAGCCUUCAGCUUAAAUCUGCACAGCAAGAGGAAGGAAAUCCCUGUGUCCCCCCCAUCCCCCUCCAUCAUGUACCUUUCAAACAACUUUGCAUCUGUGAGGGAGUACUUGCAUGAGGGUGAGGUAGCUGGAGCCUUGACCAUUCAGUGCAUCGUCACCCUCUGCCUCCCAUCCCUUCCAUCUCCGUCCUCCUCAAGAAGAUCCAAGGACAUCCCCCCCCUCUGUUAACACUACUAAGGCUUUCACUUUAAACACUGACCCGGGAUUCUUGAAUGUCCUGCCUGUUGUCGGGUCGCAGAAAUGAGGGUAAGCCUCAGGACGGAGCAGCUUUUACAUAGGCAGUUAAAUGAGUAAAACUUGUCAUGGAGAGAGAGCUCAUGCUGAGGGGAGGGUUAUGGCCGAUCACAGCCUCUGAUGCCUGUCCAUACUGAGGAUCUCUGCUUAGUCACCUCAUUCAAGGCUCUCUCCUGACUUGAAACCCAUUUGCUGCUGCAGUUAAAGUGGUACUCAUCAUUACUGACCUGGACUUUGCCCAAGCAGCGAUGGACCAUGGUGGGGUGGCUCAGAAAUGCAGAAUUAGUAAUUUCUGCUGUCAAACUCUGGCCAUUUUCCACUUCUCAUAUCCUGUUGCUUUUGCUUAUUGGGCUAUGUAUUACCUCCUUUAGAUAAUAAAAUAGUAACAUUUUUUAUUA